UGUUGGGUUUGCAAAAGGGUUUCUUUUCCGGAGCCCGAACGCGGCCUUGCGCUCGCUCGACACCGCGAGCAGCAAGCUGUUCCGGCCCUUUCCCGCGCCGAAGGGGUGCCAGGUCGGGACUCUUGCCCUCGCAGCUCCCGCGUCCGGAGAGGAUGGCGCCCAAGGGCAUGAGCAACCGGACGCUCCUGGCGAAGCGGAAAGGCAUUAAGAUGGGCAGCAACGUGAGUGUCACGUACCGAGAGGAUGGCAAAGGCCCGCAGAUGAAGUACGAGGGCAUCAUGCACGACCGCCGCAUUGGCGGCACCGACCGGGAGUCCUACAUUGAGCUGAAGAACACCCUCAUCGUGGGCAGCGACAACGAGAUCAUCGGGGUAGAAGGGAACAAGAGGCUCUGCGAUGCGUGGAUCGAUGACAUGGACCUGGUCGAAAAGAGGUCGGUCGAGGAGUUUAGCGCGGCGCAGGCCCGGAAAGCCCCACCUCGGCCGGACGGGCCCCGGAGCGCCAGCAUGGGCAGCUCCGGGGGCCUGCCGGGCAUGCCAGGCAUGCCAGGGAUGCCAAGCAUGCCAAGCAUGCCAGGCAUGGGCCCCUGCGGCUGUUGCGGCGGCUGCGGCUGUGGCGGCUGCGGCGGCUGCUGUGGCGGCUGCUGUGGCGGCUGCUGUGGCGGCUGCGGCGGCUGUGGUUGUGGCAGCAUGCCAUCGAUGUCACCCAUGAUGAACCCGAUGAUGGGCAUGAUGGGCGGCAUGAACCCCAUGAUGGGCGGCAUGAACCCGAUGAUGGGCGGCAUGAACCCAAUGAUGGGCGGCAUGAAUCCUAUGAUGGGUAUGAUGAACCCCAUGGGCAUGGCGAUGGGAGCCAUGGGCAUGGCUGCCAUGAUGUCAGGCAUGAAGAAGGACGACAGCGACGAGGAGGAGGAGGAAGAGCUGAAGGACCCCAAGGAGGUGGCCAAGGCCAGCGUGGAGAAGAUGCUGGCAGGGCUCAAGGGCCAGACUGAGUCCCAGGACGUGGCCAAGGAGUUGCUGGCCAUCGACGAGGGGGCCCACGUCACCGUGCAGUACACGCACCCCCAGCUGGGCAAGAUCACCUACGAGGGCCGGCUCCAGGAGAAGUACAUGGGCUCCCACACCAGCCAGUCCUACAUCCAGCUCUCCCCAUGCAGAAGGUACAGUGGUGGGGAGCUGCAAGAGGAGGAGGCAUCCAAGCGGCUUAUGACCGGCUUCGUCGACGAGAUCAAGGUCAGCGAGCCGAGGUCCGGCAGCCGGAGCAAGAGCCGCAGCCGCUCGCCGCGGCGAACCAGCCCCGCGCGGCCGUGAGGGAGAAGCGAGUCGCAAGCUUCGGGUCGCUGAAGCCAAGAGCCCGGAAUCCAAGGGUUUUUGGCUUGGUGUUUGGGA